AUGAGACAAAGCAGGCAGGCUUGGAACCCUGGAAGACAACAGUUGGAACCCUAUAUGAAAUCAAUUAGUCGGAUCUGCUGCGAGGCGCUUCGACAAAGCCUCCCGGUAACUGGGACAUCUUUAAUUAAGGUGGAAGGUGGUAAGCGCUCUCAACUAAUCAGGCUGAUUGAGGCAUCAUUCCCGGUGGGAUACCUAUCCAGCUAUCAUCAGCCGGAUACAAAUUACAGCAAAUGGAAAGCCGUUGAGAUUAUAGGGAGGGCUUAG